GAGCGCAACACACCUUCGCGCGUCAGGAAGGAGGAAGGACCGGCUCUUUCUGCUUAUUCGUCUCAAUGUAAUCUUAGUUUGUGCUGCUAGUUUGACUGACUGUCUUUUUCUAUGCCCGUGGUGUAAAGUGACAGUCUCUAACCGGGUUUUUGCGCCUUUUUACCCGAGAACAACGCGGUGGAAUGAGUUUUAUCAACUGGAGACGUAGCGUAAAGAAAAGAGACGCGAACAAGGAUGCCAAAGAAGCUCAAGACAUCACUGAAGGCCGUAACUCCCCGAGCCGGUUGGCAGUUAUAAACAGUCCAGAUAUGGAUCCUAUCAUCACAGACUUCAGGUUACAGCUCCCGGAUAAUCAAGAUGCUCUGGUAUCAACCAAUACAGUCAAUGGGUGUUCUCGGUCAGACCUUUCUCUGGCGCUGGAGGACUGCAUGGCUGCCCUGGAUCUAUUCCUUAGAAAUGAAUUUGAGGAGGCCCAGGAAAGACUCCGAUCCAGAACCAAAGACAGCAUGUACCACUCUCUGACCUAUGCCACAAUCCUAGAAAUGCAAGCCAUGAUGACAUUUGACCCUCAGCACAUCCUUACUGCUGGAAACACCAUGAAGGAGGCUCAGGCUAUCUGCCAAAGGCAUCGCAAAAAAUCUAGUUUUUCUAAGACCUUCACAGAGGAGGAACUCCAUGCAGAGGUGUGCUAUGCUGAAUGUCUCCUCCAGAGGGCAGCACUCACCUUUCUUCAGGAUGAAAACAUGAUCAGUUUUAUUAAAGGUGGAAUUAAAGUGAGAAACAGCUACCAGACAUACAAGGAGCUUCAUACAGUCCUGCAAUCCACUGGAUACACUCAGGCAGACAACCACGGCCAUUUUGAGGGAGGUGUUAAACUUGGUGUUGGGGCAUUUAACUUGAUGAUUUCUAUGUUACCCACACGGACUCUAAAGCUUUUGGAGUUUGUUGGUUUUUCAGGUAACAAGGAGUUUGGUCUCCAACAGCUUCAGGAAGGCUCUUCAGAAAACACCUUUAGGUCUUUCUUGUGCAACAUGCUGCUUCUCUGCUAUCACACCUUUAUGAGCUUCAUAUUAGGAACUGGAGAAGGGGAUGUUGAAGAUGCAGAAAAACUGUUGCAGCCAUAUCUUGAAAAAUAUCCAAAGGUAUGGGUCAAUAUUCUGUUCUUUGCUGGUCGAAUAGAGGAGAUUAAAGGCAACCUGGAUGCUGCUAUUAAGCGUUUUGAGGAGUGCUGUGAAGCUCAGCAACAAUGGAAGCAGUUUCACCACAUGUGCUAUUGGGAGCUCAUGUGGUGCUUUACAUACAAGAGACACUGGAAGAUGGCUUAUUUCUAUGCUGACCUUCUCAGUAAAGAAAACUGUUGGUCCAAGGCCACCUAUGCCUUCAUGAAGGCUGCCUACCUCAGUAUGCUGAGUGAGGAGGAUUGCCUCACUUUUGGAGAGACUGAAGUUGCUUUGUUUAGACAGGUUCCAAACUUGAAGCAAAAAAUAGCUGGGAAGUCAUUACCAACAGAGAAGUUUGCCAUUAGGAAAGCUCGUCGUUACCUUGCAGAAAACCCUGUUCCUCUUCCUGCUGCACCCCUGGAGAUGAUGUACAUCUGGAAUGGCUACACAGUCAUUGGAAAACACAAGGACUUGACUGAAGGAAUGUUGAAAACACUGCAUGAGGCACACGCUAAACUUGAAAGCAGCCCAAGAACUGAGUUCACUAUAGAUGAUCAGUGUUUACUAAGCCUCCUGAAAGGAUUGUGUCUAAAGCACCUGGGUCAUCAGGAGGAAGCAGAACAUUACUUUACCCUUGUCCUCUGCAAUGAGUCUCAAAUAAAGUAUGACCAUUACCUGGUUCCAAAUGCCCUGCUGGAGCACGGUCUGCUUUGUUUAGAGCAAGGUAGAAAUAAUGAAGCCAUCAAACUCUUAGAAACAGCUAAGCAAAAUUACAAAAACUACUCAAUGGAGUCACGGACACACUUCCGUAUUCAAGCUGCUUUGCAAAAAGCUAGGGGCAUUAUGGAAAAUGGAACUCAUGGGAUUUGUAGCCCAUAAUAGACAGUGGGGGGUGCUCUAGAUCAGAAAGUGACUUCUGACAUGUGCAUCUUUAUCACAAGAGACAUUAGGACAAGGAAUUAUGUCAGGCCUGUUGUACUAUCUACAAAGCUUUAUGCAGCUUUGAUGCAUUUACAGCACAUUGCCACAUUGCUCUGAUAUUAGCUUCACUUAGCCAUAUGUUAUGGUAUAGAUCAGUGGUUCCCAACUUUUGUGACAUCCUGGGGGGUUUGAGAAAAUACAAAAUAUCAUUGUGCUGUCAGAGAACCAACUGUAUUCUAAAUAAAGCUCUUUAUAGGAAUAUCAUUGGUUCAAACAAUGCUUGGAACAAAAACAUUUUACAAUAACCUAGAGUAAUCUGGAAAAGUCUGUGAAAUCUUGACAGUCAGUGUUAGUGAGCAGAAAUGUUGAAUCUUAUUCAUAUCAUGUGUUUUCUGUGAUAAGAAGAAUUCCUUAUAUUAAUGCUGCAUUAAAAUGACACAGUAUUGCACAUGUUCAAAUUCACAACUAAAUAUUUUUGUUGCAAUUUUAAUUCCCCAUUCUUUAUUGUAAUUUUUGUAGUGUAGUUGAAACUUUGGACUUUUUAAAACAGACACUAAAACUUUAAUGCUGUCUUUGGGGGUUAAACCCUUAAGUUGGGAAUCACUGAUAUAGACAGUAUAGGCAAUAGGCAAUUUUUGUGCUUGUAUUUAAACCAGUUACAAGGUUUAUUUAUGCAAAGAACCACAUCUGUAAUGAUGUAGUCUAAUUCAACCAACUUCUGCGGUCAACUAAAUGUCUAUAGUGGACACCAAUAAUUUAAGUUAAGAUUUAUUUAAGAUAAUAUUGAAGAUAAAAAUACAGGCAGUGGAAAAUACACAACAUGAUCAUGUUACCAUAGUUUACAUGUGUCACCUUUGCAUAAAAAUACAUUGUGUUUAUUAAAUUAAGUUACAAAUCAUUAAAUCAUUUUUAGGAAAGACUUUUCAGAACAUAACUUUGUUUUGCACUGCUCUUUGUUUAUCAGCAUCCACUAGUGAGAGUUGUGCUUAUACAUACAUUAUGUAUAUACUGUAUAAUGUAAAUUGCAGUUUUAUGAUGUUGUCCUAUUUUAAGAGGACAGAAGAAUGUGUCUUUCAGAAAGGCAGUCUACUCCUUUUUCUCCUCCUGCUUUGUGCCUCCAUCAGUACUUCACCUUCAACAUUCAUGUUUAGCAGCUUCAGUCUGUGCUGUGGAUACAGACUGGAAAAGACCAUUUGAUGACAACAGUUACUGUCUCUGCAACAAUCUGUGUAUAGAUAUGUACUUCCGUUUUACCCAAAAUGUAAUUAUUAUUAUUUGUGCUUGUGGAAAUAGACUAUUGUGUCAAAUGUCUUAGCAUAUGCUCAAAAGCUAUUUCAGAUUUUUUCAAAUUCUCUUAUCUGUUUCUUUUUAUAUGGUCUCCCUAGUCUCCAUUUGUAAAAAAAAAAAAAAAAAAAAAAAAAAACUCCAACGAGCAAAAUAUAGUGGCAUUCUAGAUUAUGUUCCACAUAUUCAAUCGUGUCUUCUCCCACAGAACAUAAUGGUAUUCCUUAACAUAGGUGAAUGUUUCUAAACCAUUUAAGUUGGCUGAUAUAAUAUGAAAACCCCACCAACUAAUUCAAAACAGUAGGUGUUGUGCUUUAAUCCACGUACAGUCACAUUCAACAUCAUUCGCAAGCACUGAUCUUUGCUCUGCAUGUUCUCUGCUCACAAAAAAAAAAGCCAA